AUGCUAGCCGUCAUAGCAUCUGGUUUGCUGGGAACUCGGUUGGAAGUGGCUUUCAUAAUUUUAGGGGUAGCUACUGUCCUAUGGGGCAUCCUCGCUUUCUUCGUUCUGCCAGAUAAGUCAUCCAAAGCAUGGUUCCUCACUAAAACUCAGCAAGCUGUUGCUGAUCAGCGAUCACAACAUUACCCAUCUUCCCACAAGACCAAUAAAUGGAAUAUAUCAGAGUUCCAAGAGGCCUGUAAGGAUCCGAAGACUUGGUUUCUUUUGGCAAUCGCCAUUCUCAGUUCAUUGACAAAUGGCGUCAUCUCCAACUUGGGUUAUAUUAAUCUUUCGCUAAUCAGAUGUAAAUAUUCAUCUAAUCUCUGGGGAUAUUAUUUUACUACUUUUAUCAUCAAGAGCCUUGGCUUCGACACUCUUACAACCUUGCUGCUCGGUCUUCCUUCGGCUGGGUUCCAAUUUAUCGUCAUCAUUGGAUCCUCUAUGGUUGCCCAUCGCUUCUGGUGA